AUGCUGCGUGCUGAUCGACCCCCCAGGAGAAAUGGAUUACGCGGCGACAGCGCUGCUCCAGAGUUCAGUGGAAGGUCAGAAGAUGACCAUCAUCAACACCUGCCAGUUGUUGCACCUGAGGUUCAGUCUGAUCUGGCUCUGGUAAACUACAGGCAGACAUUUCCAUUAGAUGAGAGGAAGAGCAGGAGCUGCCAGUCAUGCCACAGGUCACCAUGCUCUUGCGGUGGCGACGCGCCUCGCCCCGACUUGUGCCCGACGCUCCCUGCCAAGAUGAUGAUCUUGGAGUUCCUGAUAAGAAGCCUGAGGCACCCAACAAGAACCCACAACGUGAGUGAUCUCGACGACUUGAUCAGCGGCGGAGCCAGCACCGGGGAUGUCACCCUCGGUCCUUCGGACAAGAUGAUUCUGGACUCCUUACAUGCGCUGGUGAACGCCAAGACAAGGCCGACGAAGAGCCCCUCGUUCUUCCUCCCGGGGGGCAAGAUGAGGAAAACCCGGUCAAGAUCCCACACCAUAACACAGUCAGAGAUACUGAACCUGAUAUCCCCGGAGACAUGGGAGAUGUCCUCCCCCGGGGCAUCAUCGCCGUCGAAGAGAAGUGCGGCGGAGCUCGCCGCGCAUGAAGGGACGGCGCCUUCUUGCUCCGGCACGGCAUGUCUGAGGUCAAAUCAGCCUGGUCUGUCCUCAUACCCACCACCAUCAUCAUCUCUUAGUGCAGGCCUUCUGCAGUGCAUUUGGAAAGAUGGGCUCCCUCACUUUGAACUGUCAGUGGACAAUCCUAUGGCAGUGUACACUGCAAGCCCUGUCAAGAAGCCGCAUGGCGACGGCAAAGCCGCGGCCGCCGCCGACCACGUCUACCUGUUCCAUUCGGACGAGCAAGGGAAGAAGGACUGGAUGGGGAACUACUCGAGCAGCGUGUCGAAACUCGUCGGCAAGAUGAAGGUGACAAGCUCUCUGGUCCUGGGCUCAGACGGGUCAAGGUGUGUGGAGACCGAGUUUGUCAUGUAUGGCUCCCCUGAUGACUACCUGAGGCAGAUGCAGAGCGCCUACAGUGUUGCAAAGGGCAAGGGGCUGGUGAAGAGGGUGGCAGAGAUCAUGAGGUCGCCCAAUGCUUCCUCCAGCCCAAAACAUGCUGCAUGGGGAAGGUUUGGCAGACCUUCUUCCCCGCUGCGGUUCGACGACGAUGUGCGCGAAAUGCUCGAUGCCGAACUGGGCGGCGCUGGAAAGGCGACAGGGUUGGUGAGCCUCGCCGCUGACGAUAUGCCGACCAACCAGGAGGUGGCGGCGAUCGUGGUGAGGGAACGGCGGGAAGAGCCGGCCGUCGUCGGCGGCUGGGGCCUCAAGUUCCUUGAGAAGGCCGGAGGAGCCGCUCAUCCAGAGGAGAGUAAGAAGGCAAGGUGGUGCAUAAGCGCCAUUGUUCCAAGAGGCUACCACGGCGGCGUGGCAUCCGAGAAUGGCGGCCCAUCGGGGCUCGUCGAGCGAUGGCGGAACGGCGGCCGCUGCGAGUGCGGCGGGUGGGACCUCGGCUGCCCCAUCAGAGUGCUGAGCAACGACGGCGGCGGGUCGUCGCCGCCGCCUGAGGACGGUGCCAAAUCGGUGGAGCUGUCACCAGCGGGGGCGAGGAGCGGCGGCGAGCCGGCGGUGAGGCUGGUGAGCGUCGCGGAGGGCCUGUACAUCCUCUACUUUGACGCCGGCGUGGUCUCGCCGCUGCAGUGCUUCGCCGCCGGCGUAGCGGUGGUCCACAGCCAGGCGCCCCAGCUCCACCCAAAACUGUGA